AUGGUCUCGAUUGUUUUAGGAAGUCAAUGGGGUGAUGAAGGAAAGGGGAAGAUUACCGACAUGCUGUCGCAGCAGGCGACUCUCUGCUGCCGUGCCGCUGGUGGUCACAACGCCGGGCACACCAUCGUCCACGAGAACGUCACCUACGAUUUCCACAUCCUGCCCUCCGGUCUGGUCUCGCCCUCAUGUAUCAACCUGAUCGGCGCCGGCACCGUCUUCCACGUCCCCAGCUUCUUCAAGGAACUCGCUCAGCUUGAGACUAAGGGCUUGACCUCUGCCGGCAAGCGCAUCUUCAUCUCCGACCGCGCGCACGUCUGCUUCGAUCUGCACUCCGUUGUCGAUGGUCUGGAGGAGGCCGGUCUCGGUGGUCGCAAGGUCGGCACCACUGGUAAGGGUAUUGGACCCUGCUACAGUGACAAGGCCGCGCGCCGUGGUGUGCGUGUUGGCGAGGUUCUGGAUGAGGCUACAUUCGAGCGUAAGCUGCGCACACUUGACACUGCGUACCGCGCUCGUUUCGGCGACAUCAACUAUGAUGUUGAGGAGGAGAUUGCCCGCUUCAAGGAAUACCGCGCCAAGCUGAAGCCCUUUAUCGUCGACCAACUCGAGUUCCUGCAAGAGCACAAAAACUCCCCCAACACCCUUGUCGAGGGUGCCAACGCUCUCAUGCUGGACCUCGACCACGGCACAUACCCCUUCGUCACCUCCUCCUCCACCGGCCUGGGCGGUGCCGUGCAAGCGCUCGCCCUCAACCCGAGCAGCAUCAAGUCGGUUAUCGGUGUCCUGAAGGCGUACACCACCCGUGUGGGCUCCGGUCCCUUCCCUAGCGAGCAGCUCAACGCCGACGGCGAGAAGCUGCAGAGCGUUGGCCGUGAGUUCGGCGUGACCACUGGCCGUCGCCGUCGUUGUGGCUGGCUCGACCUGGUUCUCGCCCGCUACUCCCACGCUAUUAACCACUACACCGCGCUGAACCUCACCAAGCUCGAUGUCCUGGAUGACUUUGAUGAGAUCAAGGUCGGUGUUGCGUACGUCCUGCCCUGCGGUAAGCGUACCACUUGCUCUUUCCCCGCCGACCCCAAUGUCGCCGAGAAGAUCCAGGUUGAGUAUGUCACCCUUCCCGGCUGGAAGACCAACACCAUGGGUGUCACCCGCUAUGAGGAUCUGCCUCCCAAUGCCCGCGCUUACAUCGAGUUCAUCGAGCGCGAAAUCGGUGGUGUUCCUGUCAAGUGGAUCGGUACCGGCCCUGCUCGGGAACACAUGAUUGCCCGCGAAUAG